ACCAUAUACAGCAGUCAUUCAUCGAUAUCGAGAUAUCAACAUCGUAAAUCUAAAAAAAGAAAAUGUUCGGCUUCUGGACUUUUUGUGUGCUUUUCACAGCGACUACCGCUGCCGUUCUAAAUCAACCCAGUCAAUUUGUUAAAAUUAACGGAGAAUCUCUGCCAAAGAAUGCAUUCACUCCUCACUUCAAGCUGAAGCCCCGAAUUGCGAAUGGAAAUCGUGCCGAACUUGGUUCAUUUCCAUGGCAUGCAUCGUUGGCGAUCAAAUACCGAAUCGACGGCUCAGAAAUGGAUCCAACAUUCUGUUCUGGUACAAUUUUAAAUGAGAAAUGGAUUCUUACGCCAGCCCAGUGUAUUAAAGGAGCCAAAGCUAUCCGUGUUGACAUUGGAUCGGUUGACAUCAACAAGCCGUUGAUCAGUGUUUAUCCAGACGCUUUCACAUUGCAUCCACAAUAUGACAAUAGUAACAACAAGUUCAAGAAUAACCUUGCCCUUCUUCGCUUGCCCGAAAAGAGCAAAUUGGACUUUACAAAAAGCGAAGGAAGAUAUGCACCGAUUCGUUUGCCAACGAGACGACAAAUCGAUGAGACAUUCGAGGGAAUGGAGUCGUAUUUUAGUGGUUUUGGAUAUCCAUCAAUACGUAU